AUGAUGCAUAUUCACACCACAACCGGAGUCACUGCCGCCGGCUUCCUGGCAGCCGGGGGCGCUGCAGCCGCAGCAGCCGGCGGCACGGCGGACGCCGCUGGUCAGCUUCCGGCCAGGGGCAACCGCCGCAACUCUCUCGGAAUGCUACCCGCCACCACCAGCGGCGGCGGCGGCAUCGGGCCCAGCCCCACCGCCGCCACCGGUGGAGCCCCGCCAGCCACCUCCCUGGUCCGCAUGAUGGGCGCCCCCAGCAACGUCACGCCCCGAAACCAAGCAGGCGCCUCCUCCAUUACCGGACUCCGAAGCCCGCCCAGCAGCAGCCCCGGCGGCGCCGCCACAGUACCAGCAGGCCGCAGCGCCAGCGUCACCGCCUUUGGUGGCGGCGGCGCUGCGGCAACCGGAGGCGCCCUCGCCGCUGCUGCCGCCGCUGCCGGCAUCCGACCGAGCAGCCGUACGCCGAUGAAGGAUGUGGCGGCCUUGCCGCGGAAGAUUGCGGCCGUGGACAACAUCGCGGAGGCCCUUGGCCGGUUCUUCCAGGAAAGCAUGGAGCUGGCUCCGAAACCGCCUCCGAAAAUCCCCUCCAGUAGUAGCAGCAGCGACGGUGACCUCGGGCCGCUGUCCUCCGAUGACGAGGCAAUGGUGGAGGAGCUGGACGUACUGGAGAAGCUGUACCUGGUGAUGCCUAAUUUGGAGUCCCCUGGAAAAGGCUCCCACGUCCGAGCGCCCUCCCCUGCCCCCGGCAUCCUCUCCCAGCCGCCCUCCCGCAUCAGCGGCUCCUUCACCAACACCAUCGGCAGCAACAGCCGCCCCGCAUCACCCGCGCAGCGCCUCACGGCGUCCUUCGGCGCUGCCCUCGCGGGGCGAGGGUCGCCGCUGGGGCAGCCGCCGGCGCCGCUGCCGCCAGCGGCAGCGCCUGCCGUUGCCGGCGGCGGCGGCGGCGGUGGACCGCUUGGGCGCAGCAUCAGCCCAAGCCCCAUGCCGGCAGCGGCAGCUGCAGCUGGAGGCAGCGCCAGCCCGGGCGCUGUGAAUCCGUUGGAUGCCGCCGCGCCGGCGCCUAAACGAAAGUCGGCAAUGGCUAAGAAGGGCGGCACAGCGCCACAACAGCCGGCGUUUCUACCGUCGAAAGCUGUACUGCAGUUUCAUCAACGUGCGCUUGGUAUUACUGUGCCGUUGGGGAACAGCGCCAACGGUCCGUCGGCCGCCAGCGGUACAGUAGCGGCCGGCGGCAGCGGCGGAGGCGCUUCAGGUGGGGGCGGAGGUACUGGCGGCGGCGGUGCCGGAGGUCCCGCCAGCGCCGCCGUCGCCGCGACUGCGGGUGUUUCCGGUCCGUACGGCAGCCUUAGCCAGCCACCGGACGCGCCAGUCACGAACACGUACGUCAAUCGAGAUGCGGACUACCUGAUGAUGCGGCAGAUGGUCGAGGCGGCGCUUGCAGCGGGACAGAGCCGGCCCGCGACGGCGGGGCCUGCCAUCGCUGCGGCAUCCGCCGCGGCAGCAGCGGCAGCGGCGGGCCGUACUCUGGUGCCGACGGCGCCGACGGCGCGCCGCGGCGCGGCCAGUGCUGGCAGCAGAAAGAAGUCGGCGAAGAAGGCUGCCGUUAAGAAGGCAAAGCUGCCGCCGGCGCCGCCGACGUUGGCGCCCCGCCCCGCCGUACCUAUUCACCUACAGCACUUGGUACGGCCAGGAAGUGGCUCCGGGGGUCGGCCGUACACGGCCCCCGGCAACGGCAACUGGGCCACCUCGCGGCUCGAGCGGCUGCGCGGCGCGGCUGCCACCAAGGCGGCCGCCUGCGCGUCCAUGUCGCCCCUGAGGGCCUCCCUGGCUGCGCCCAUCAGCGGCCUCACCGCGAGGAGACAGUCCAAGCCGCUGACGGAGGUGGAGUUCGGAGUUUUUAAUCGCACGAUGGACGCGGCGCUGAUGCCCCUCACCCGCGCCGCCGCCAAGCUGGGCACGCACGCCAUGGCUGCCGUACUGGCGGGUGCCGAGGUGGAUGAGAACGGUCGCAGCGGUCCGUGCGACCGUGUGGGCGAGGUGGGCCGCCUGAUGCGGAGGUUCCAGAAGCAGGAGAAGAGCACUUCGUUCAACUUGAGCCACGCAGUCAAUGGAAUCGAUCAGAUUGUUGCGCUGGUGGACGUGCUAGGCCACCCCGACCUGGCCUGUGUUUCGGAGCUACUUCUGGCGGGUAACGCCCUCAACGACGAGGCCUUCGUGCCGCUGGGUGCCCGGCUGGCAUCCGCGGAGUGUGGUUCGUUGAGGCGGUUGGAUUUGGGCUACAACAACCUAACGGCCGCCAGUGUGGAGCUGCUACUGCCCCUCAUGAAGGAUGAGCUUGCGGCCAUGAGCAAGGUGGCCGUAGAGCUGGUGGGUCUAGCCGCCCACAUGGGUUUGAGAUCCUGGCGCGCCGCCACCCUCAACGGAAAGCCCUUCAGGCUGAACAGCACCAACAAGCUGCAGCUACCGGUGCGCGGUCGCCUCCACGUCGAGUUCGUGUCGUGCACCCGCCUCAUGAGAGAUGAUGGACCCCUCUCGGACACGGAGGUCCGCAGCAUGUGGUUCGCCAUCGCGGAUCCAGACGGCUGCCGUACACCUCAGGGCCCUAUGGCACUAACCUCACCGGAGGAGGAAGCCGCAGCAGCAGCCGGGGGCAGCCACGGCGGCAGCGGAAGCCCGAAGCGUGGCGGCGGCAGCAAGGGCGGCUCCGGAACCGCCACCGUCAGCGGCGGCAGCGGCGGCCUGCCUAAGAAGAGCCCCCGCAGCGUCGUCGUCAGCGGCGCCCCCGGCAGCUUGCGCUGUUUCGACAGUCGCGACAUGCGCACCGAGGCGGUGGUUCAGGCGUUCGGAGUGCUCACGGACACCGAGAACUUCUGGUCGGUGCUGCAGGAGCUGGACCCGUGCAGUAGGGAGCAGGUUGAGAGUCGUCUCGGUCGCGUCCGCAUGUUCUUCCCGGAGAAUCCCACCGGCCGUUACACCCUGAUGCUGAGUCAGCUACCCCAUCAGUGCGUUGCAAAGCAGUUACUGCAGCAGUACAACCAACAGUACGACAACAAGCUGACUCAGCAUCCGAACCGCGUCUGCUUCACCUCCUGCAUCAUGGACGGCUUACCAACCGACGUCUCUGACCCCCACAAACUCUACCUGCCCCAGGAGGGAAUCUUGGAGCUGUGUUUCGUGGACCUCCGCCACCCGCCACCCGGCACCCGUUCCCUAAGCCGGGCGCAGUUUGCCGUACUCGUCUCCCACUUAGUGAACCUGGACGAGCUAGAUCCCGUGGGCCUUACGCGUCUCAUCGACCACCCCGCGCUGCCCGCCGCCGUCGGCGCGUUGCGGCGCUGGGAGGCCUGGACACGCAAGCAUCCCAUCUCGGCCAGUGUGUCGUACCUCUGGAAGGCUGCGCACGAGAUUCGAAAGCGGGACGACCCGGAGGCCGCGGCGGCGGCAGAGGCGGCGGCCGCCGCCGCCGCUGAAGUCGCCGCAGCGCUUAGGCGGGAUUCGGCCUUAAUGCCCUCAGCCAUCAGCGUCCGCAGCAACCAGAGCUCCGUCGUCGCCGCCGGAGCCGCCGCCGCCGCCGCCGCCCUCGGUAGCAAGGUCGCCGGCAAAGCGCGUGCCGUACCGCCGUUGGGCCCGCCGCCGAUGUACGUGCGCGACAUGGGACUUUACGUGGAGGCGAUCCGGAUCUUGUCUGUACGGCACUACCUGACGUGUUGGCAGCUGAUUCAGCUGUUGCAGCUGCUGCCUCCCACCGCCACGGAUGAGCGCGUGGAGACGGUGACGGCGUUCUGGGCUCGAGUCACGGACCGUGACGGGCACUGGGUGGACGUUAUGCGGUCGCUUACCAACGAACAGCAGGUCCGCGCCUGCCAGCGGUUGGGCUACAUGAACGUGUACAACGAGAACCGCCCGGCCAUGCACUACCGGUUGAGGAUGUACAAGGAGGACGAGCAUGAACUUGCGUGGCAGCUGUACAACAAGUCGCUGGACUCGCCCCUGCCGUGCUGGAAGAACCUCACCAUUGACGACCAGCCCAAGCGGGUCAAUCAGGGAGUCAACAUGUGGACGGUGCUGCGGGGCAAUGCAGCGGACGGCACCACUCCGCAAACCACGUUGGAGUUCGACUUCGUGUGGCCGGAUGAGGAUGCGCAAAAGACGAUGGCGGCUCAGCAGGUGCAGCGAGCCUGGCGGCUGUACAAGAACCCCAAGGGCGGCGGCGCGGCGGUGGUGCCUGCCGUACGACCUGGCUCCGUACAGCAGCCCCGCUUCGUUGCGUUCAGCAAGAAGAAGAAGGCGGGGGCCAUCAGCAAGAUGAACGACCCGGGCAGCGGGAAAAAGAAGUGA